AUGCAGCCGCGGCGAGGGUUUUCUGGUGUCCUCCUGGUCUCACUCCUUAUUCAUCUGCAUUGGUCACUGUGCUGGGUGGCUCCAGCAUCGAGGGCUUCAAGUAGCAACUGUCACAGGCUCACAAUCGUGUUGGUCACCUCACCUAUCCCCUCGCAUCCCUCCACGGAGUUGAUUGACCAGGUCAUCCAAAGCUUUGAUCUGGUAGAAGGCUUGGAGGCUUGUCCUCUGAUCAUUGUUGCGGAUGGGUUUCAGAUUCGUGAGGGCAAGCCCGCAUGGAACCAGGGUCGGAUCGAUGAAAGCUCUGGUGAUCGGUACUUGAGGUACAUCGAUGCUCUCAAGUCAAAGUACGAGUCAGCAGGCAGUGCAGAUGCCAGACGUGCGGUAAAGGUGAUUGGCCCUCUGACGAAGCGCGUCAACUUUGGGCAUGCUUUGCUCGCGGGCCUGUCCGAAGUGCGUACAGAAUUUGUUCUUGUAGUUCAACACGAUCGAGUGUUUGCUGAACCUUUUGCCAUGGACGAAGUGCUUCGCCUCUUCGACGCGCACCAUAAAAUCAGAUAUGUUGGAUUCCAGACGGUGCCUGACUACGUCACAUAUGCCGUGAGCAAGUACGGCGGCUGGGCACGCUGCAAGGUUUCAGACCAGACAACCGGCUUAAUUCCUUGUUUUAUUUGGUACGACUCGACCCAUGUCUGCCGAGCACAGGAUGUAGCGGCGCUCAUAGAGAAGGAGGUCAAGCCCGGAGAGUUCAUUGAGAGUUCAUUUGGCUGCAGGCUUCUGGCAAGCAUUCAGCAGAAGAAAGAUGAGUGGAGCUUCGCCUAUCACAUGGAGAACUACGGAGUGUUUCUCUACUACGAGCCCACGGUGCGCACGGAAGGCCCACUUGUCAGGCAUGUGAGUGGCCGAUCUUUCGUCUCACGUGAAGACCGCAUUAAGAUGGGCUGGCCAGCAGAGAGGCCUUCAGUUUCUCGGCGCAUCCGCCGAGAAAAUACAGCGAUCCUGGAUGUCUUGAGUUCGGAUGGUAGCAAAAGAGAAGCACCCCUGCAUCUUUUACGUGGAGACUCCGCAAGUUAUUGCUUGGUUCUUGCAAGCCAUCCAACAUGCCCAAACUGA